AGUACACAUAUCAGAGAUAGAUAUAAAUAUGAUUUGUCGCAAUUACAAGCAUAGUAUAUCAGUAUCAUUUGGUCAUGGGAACAUCAUGGAUAUUUAUUGCGUUCCUGAUUCAUUUCACCUGUUACGCUUAUUGCGAAGACAACGUGGGGCCAGGCAUCUGGAAUAUCAUUCAUAUAUCUCCAUGCCCUAUGGGUGACUCCUACGAAAUACAAACCAACAUGACAAGGAAGAAGAUAGGCAGGGGAGUUGAUGGAUUUGAUGGCUGCAUCUUCAUGGGUCUGAACCUCACUUUGGACAUGGCUAUUAGAAUGGAGGUCUGCAAAGAGGUGGAAGGUGGCUGCAAGCCGUUCUUCCUCUACACGUGUGAUAGUUUCUGCACCUUUAUGGACGAGACUAUGCCGACUCUGUUCAAAAUGUUACUAGAAGGGUGGAAAUUGGAGCCGGCUGAGUGCCCCGUUCAAGAGGGUGAAUACUGCGUGUCUAGCUUUCCUUUCGACUACAGCAGCCUGUUUGAAGAGGCGAUAUACGGAGUCUUCGAGGCCAUAAUAUAUGCCUUCAAUGGACCCAAAGAAGUUAUGUGUUUAAAGGUCGUGACUUCCUUUACCAAGAAGGAGGAUGAUGAAGAUGAAGACUAAGACUAAUUUUAAUAAUUUUCUACUUUUGUGCUUAUACUUUCGUGGAGUUGUUCUGUUUUUACCGAGCAUAAGGUCGACUGAUAAUUUGUAAUUGCAUUAAAAUGUCUAAAUCCCUCAUUGUUCCUACUA